ACAUGGCGCUAUCGAGCAAUGGUUGUGUUUGAUCGUGUGUUACACAGUUGAUUUAAAUGUUAGGUUUCACGUCGACCAUUUGGUCUGUGCUUAACGAUGACUGUAAUCCACGUUUUAGCAAAAAUGUUAACCCAAGAAAGGUAACAAUCCUUUCUUUCAUCGGAAGGACAAUGAGACAAGAGUGAAGCAAAUCUGGCCGUAUAAAUACAUAGAUAUAUUUUUACCUGGGGAACUCAAAAAGCAGAAGCAAAACACCAAGAAUGCGUUUGUCUUUGUUGGUCUAAUUUAAUAUUUUUAAUACUACUUUAUAAUCCUGUAAAUAUUUGUAUAUGCGGUAGUUCUCUGUCUAGGACUCGGAGAAGAAACGAAGAGGACUGAGGAUGGGAAAUCGACAUGGAUAUUUUGUGGUGUUGGCGUUUGGCGUUCUGCACUUGGCGUUGUUAAUCGUUGAAGGGGCUCCACUUCCGGAGUCCGGUGCAGGGGAAGCAGCUGCAGGCGAAAUUCAUAUAUCCUCUCUAGCUCUAUCUGUGUCUGGAUUGGUUUUGUUGAUAGUCCUGGUUGCGAAUUGUGUUUCCUGCUGCAAGGAGCAAGAAAUCGAUUUCAAGGAGUUUGAAGAUCACUUUGAGGAUGAGAUUGAUUUCACCCCCCCAGCUGAAGACACUCCUUCGAUUCAGUCACCUGCUGAGGUUUACACGCUCGCUGUCACUCCUGUACUUCUACCUGGACCCCCUCACCUUCAGCCACCCAGGAUAACAGAUGGAUCUACAGCUUCACAAGUUGCACGUCACAGUCUGAGUUAUAUCCAGGAAAUCGGAAAUGGCUGGUUUGGAAAGGUUCUUCUUGGUGAGGUCUAUACGGAUCCAAGAGUAGACAGUGUCGUGGUGAAGGAGUUAAAGGCCAACGCCAGCGGCAAAGAACAAAAUGAGUUUCUACAAAGUGGAGACCCAUACAGGGUUUUGCUGCACCCCAAUAUACUUCAGUGCCUGGGGCAGUGUGUGGAAGCUGUCCCCUUUCUCCUGGUCUUCGAAUUCUGUGAACUGGGUGACCUGAAGAGCUAUCUGCUGAGCCAGGAGGAGCGGAUCUAUGGGAGCUCUGAGCUUCUCCAGCUGCAGAAGAUGGCCUGCGAGAUUGCUGCUGGAGUCACCCAUUUGCACAAACACAACUUUGUGCACAGUGACUUGGCUUUGCGGAAUUGCUACGUUACCACAGAUUUGACUGUCAAAGUGGGGGACUAUGGAAUAGGAGCUAGUAGGUACAAGGAGGAGUACAUUAUCACUGAUGAGGAACAGGCUGUGCCCCUGCGCUGGACUGCCCCUGAGCUGCUGGGAGAGAUCCGUGGUGGGGUGGUAGCUGCAGAUCAAACCAAACCUGGCAAUGUGUGGGCUCUGGGUGUCACGCUGUGGGAGCUGUUUGAAAACGCCACCCUACCGUACCCUCACCUUUCAGACAGGGAGGUGCUAAUCCAUGUCAUAAAGGAACAACAAAUUAAACUCUUCAAGCCCCAGCUGGAGCUGCCUUAUUCUGACAGAUGGUAUGAGGUGCUGCAGUUUUGUUGGCUUUCUCCAGACAAGAGGGCCACAGCUGAAGAAGUGCACAGGUUGCUCACAUAUCUCCGCAUGCAAGGCCAGAAGGAAUCAGAGGAGGACUUUGAACAGAGGUGGAACAUGCUCAAACCAAACCCCAGCAACAGACAAUCCACUAUGAGCCACUCUUCGUUCCCCAUCCUGGAGCAGUUUGUGGACGACGGGCUCCACCGCGAGAUGGAUGAAAUCCUGACUGUGACGGAGACCAGCCGAGGCCUCAGUUUCGAGUACGUCUGGGAGGCAGCUAAGCUAGACCACUUUGAUGACCAGAACCCCUCCGGCAUGGACACAACUAUGAACUACCACAGCAUGUUCUUCCCCGUGCCCCCCUAUGAGAAGCCCGUCUUCUCCGAGCCUGGCACAGUGAAGGGGGGGGAUGCCAGGAGCCGGGGUCCUUCUGCUGGAGUUCCUGGGGAACUUCCUGUCUUUGAUGCUCACAGACCAGCAGUGGGGAGCGAAUACUACAUCCAGUUAGAGGAGCAAGGAGAGAGCAGCAUGGAAGUAGAUGAAAAUCGGUGUCCUACAGACCCACAGGACAAUGAUCGAGAGGUUCCCCAGGACAGGCGUUCGCUGCAGUACGUUGUCCUCCGGGAUAUACGUUUGGAUGAAUCCAGCACAGAUGCCGAUUUCUUCCACCGGAGCAUAGACUCCAAGGACUCAAAUUUACCAGAGAGCCAGGUUGGGUCACAAGCUUCCAGUGAUCUAGAAAGCCCUUAUCGCACUAAUAUUUUUAGUGAAAGCACGCAAUUGGAAGAUGCAUCCUGGAACAGGGGCUUCUUUGAGCUACCCGAACUGAACGUGAAUCACCUACAAAAGACCCCUGGCACCCAGGAGUCUGGCUUAGAGUCCGGAGCAAAUAGAAAAGAAAGAGACUUCAGUUCCUCUUUAAGAGGUGAUCAGGAGACUGUUUACAUGGAAAGUAUUGCAGAACACCCGAAUGAUAUGCGGUUACUAAGUUCAGAAAAACUGUCAGAUAACUACUUAUUUCUCAAGGAGAAAAACUUAAUGAAGGAUCCCUCAUGUUCUUCUAGAAAUAGCAUGGACUUAAGAUCCGAACUUUUAGAUGCUGAUUCAAAUAGCUUCCCAGAUAUCAGUUUUAAGACGUAUUCUGGGGACGGUUUAGGUAACAAAGAUUUGGACCUUGAUGGGCCAGCAAGUCAUUUAAUGUAUGAGAGAGUUACAGGUUUCUCAAAGGAAGAAUGUUUGAACUUUCGUAGUCCAGAUUUGAAAGGUUCUCUACAGCCUUUAGUUCAAGAAACACUGUUGCCUUCAUGUUCACCAGUUAUAUCUGAAAGCUGUAGUGACAUACUACAGAGUAGUAACUCCUUCAAUGAAGAAUGUGUUUUACUCAAAUCCUCGAAAGCAGGGACUCCUUUUCCUCUCGACUCUACCUCUAAGAGUGCUGAAGUCUCAGCAAGUCCCACCAACAGCCAUGAAUCCCCUCUGUUUCGGGAAAGUGCCACUCAUGACAAUUUGUGCAACGAUGCCAAAAAUCACAGCCUUCUAGGUGGUUUGCGAAUGUCAGAAGAAAAUGCACCUGAAAUUGUAAUCAAAGAACCUGCAAAGAAUGCAAGCCAUGCAUCAGAUUCUGCACAUGUCAACAAUGCUGGCUUGGAAAAUGGCCUUACAAUGUGUUACAACAAUGAAAGCUUGAUCAGGAACAUGGUUAAAGAUGUUAACAGCAGUGGCGUCCUGUCUGCAAAUUCGCUGCUGGAACAAACCAAUGGUUCCUCAUCUGAGGAGCCCUUAAUAACCUUUGAAACUAAUAAUCUAUCAGAGGAUGCAUCUUCACAUUUGGCUUCUGCUCCUUUUUCGGAUCAGAUAAGCCAAGACAGCCUUCUCGAUGACAGCGAAUCAACGACUCUUUUGACAAUCGAGCAAUCGGCCGAAACGCCUGACUCGUUGGAUUCACUGGACGUGCAUGGCUUAGUUGGUCCAUCUGAAAACCUGAAUGCUGUUAAUCAGAAACUCCAGCCACCUUAUAAAACCGCAGACAGUGGCUAUGAAACUGAGAAUCUGGAAUCUCCUGAAUGGAAUUCCCAGUCUGUUGGUAAGGGGCCUUCCCCCAUUGAAACCGUGCUAAACACAAAUGUAGAACAGGUUCCUGCUUAUUUACUACCUCCGGCCAUCAUCAUUUCAGAGGUGGAUACUGUAAUGGAUAUGGAUGUAGAGGAUGCAGAAACUAGUACACGUCAGUCCCAGACAGGGGCUCCAGUGGAACUGUUCUCAAAUGCCAGCCAAAACUCAUAUCGGGACUCUGCAUACUUCUCAGAUAAUGAUUGGGAGACAGAUAAAAAGUCUGAAGACAUCAACAGUAACUCUAACUCUAACGACACUACCCUCAUCACCAUUGAGAACAGUGGACCCAGUGUACACACUGACAGUACAAACACCUGCAGUGUGGGAAUCACGGCAUGCCCGGAAGAGAAGAUGCAACCAUCAAAAGUUCUUGUCUCUCUGCAGGCACAAGAGGCUGAACCAGCUAACAGACUUCAGGAGCAAUCAACAGAAGUAAGGAAUGUAGUAUCACAGGUCUUGGACUUCAAAGGCAACAUUGUGCCAGAGCUGGUACACGCAAUGGGAGAUGACUUGAAUGCAGAAGCUAAGGUUGCUGUUGAUGGUAGUGAUGUGUUGGACAUCAGGACACCAGAACCUCUUGCUGAAGUUAAAGCCAGGCUUCAGGGCAGUACACCUGAAUCUGUAGACGUGCCAGCUGUCUCAGUCGACAUGCAGCAGUCCAACUCUUCAGGGGACAAGGUGAAUAAAAAGCUGGUAACGUCCUACCAGAAUGAAGGUCCGAAGCUGAAGGAACCCGAUGUCGAAGGCAAAUACUUGGGCAAGUUGGAUGAUUUGGACCUCCCAGAGGUUGUGGAGGAUGGGAUUGAUGCCGACGAGGAGGAUGAGAAUAGCGACGACUCGGAUGACGACCACCAAGGUUUUAAUCUGCUCAGCGAGAGUUCUGAGAGCGACGAUGACGCUGUGCACCCCGUUCCCAUUGUGGUGACCGAGAACGACGACGGCAAGGACCUGAAAAGCCUGUUGAAGCUGACGCCUCCCCUAGCCACACAACCAACCAAACGGGCUCAGUCUGAAUCAGACAGAAGGGCUGUGUCAUUCUUCGAUGAUGUGACUGUUUAUAUUUUCGACCAGGAUACUCCAACAAAGGAGCUGGGUGACCACUCGGCCAGUUCAAACAGCCAAGUGUCUGAGUUCAGCAGCCCUGUACCAUCUUCCAGUCCUGGUUAUCUGAAUCGCUUCACCCACUCGGAAAGCUCUACAGAUGAAGAAGGUGGUGGCUUUGAAUGGGAUGAUGACUUCUCUUCUCCGGAGCCCUCGUUCAUCUCCAAAGCGGCCAGUCACCUGAUCAUUUCCAAGGCAUCUUCUCCGGUGUCGUCCCGGUACUUCUCUCCCCCACCGCCCCCCCGCACCACGGAGCAGAGCUGGGCAAGCUCCCCGUACUCCCGCUUCUCCAUCUCUCCAGCCAGCAUUGCCAGCUUCUCUCUCACACACCUCACAGACUCCGACGUUGAGCAAGGAGGAAGCAGCGAGGAUGGAGACAAGGACUAAACGAGAGAUCAUCUGAGAUUGAAUCGGUCCGUAUAGUCUACAAAGGAACUACAAAUGAUGUAUUUUGAGAUGUAAAACCCAUUUUAAAAACAAAACAAAUCAAAGCUCCUGAAGAAGAACUCUUCCCAGUUCUGUCGUCCUCUUAUGAACAGCACUUGCUGUGUUACCGCGGGUCGUCACUGCUAGAAGGGAUGCAGUUGAAGUGACAAGAAAACAAUGGAGAUGAUAAAACCUCGGUUAUCAUGAUCUGAUUAGCAUACAUGCAUUUCCAAACUAAUCGGUGAAAUUAACCGAUUGAAAAAACAAAAAGAAACUAAUUUAAAGUAUUAUUUUGUAAAAGUAACUGUACAGAUAAAGGAAAUUGUUCUGCAUUCCUGUCUCUUGCUUUACAUUGUAUCAGCUGCUUUACAGCCAGGCUUUUUGAGUAUUGAGCUAUGUCUUUAUUCUGUCAAAAGCAUUAGUCCUUGGCUUUGUUUAAGGUAAGCAUUUUAUGCAGCCUUGGCUUGCAUGGGUUAAAGCUCUACAUAGUAGAUUAGCUUAUAAUGAAAAAAACAAAACUUAAGCAAUAAAAGUGAUAGAAACCUCAUUGAGUGUUCCCAUUACAGUAUAUCAAAAGCAGUUUGUUUUGGUUUUAGCAUGCUGUUUUGUGUGAAAAUGAAUUCCCUGCAGCUUUAAAAAAAGAAGUGUUUGGUAUUUUUAACAAAGAAAAAAAAGCACUGGAAACUUUUUGCACAGUCACACGUUUAACUAUAUGGAACUGAGCAGAUUUCUUACACAAUUUAACAAUAAUGAAUGAAUACACUGGUAUGGCAUUUUCAAACAGUUAUACAGGAGGCAGUCAGUCAUUCAGAUUUGUAUAUAAUCAGCGAUGCUCUUUAACCUUUUCAACCACAAUGUAAUUUGCUUUCUUACUCUGCAGAAACCUUGUAAGGGGGGUGUAUAUUGCAUUAGGCAUUAGCCAUUUUAAUAGCUGUGCUUAAUUUGUGUAAAUCAAAUUGUAACAUUUGCCCAAAAUAUAUUUUCGAACUGGGAUGAAGAUAAGGGCAAUAUAGCAUUUGUCUCCAUUAGUGUCCAUAUAAAUUAGGGUUAGUCUAUGCUUUUUGAGCAGUUGAUCGCUUUCAUGCAUUAUUUUCUGUUCUAAAAACAUUUUGUUAGACUAAACAGCUAGCAAGACCAGAAUGAUCUGUGUAACGGUCUUAGAUAGAGGUCCACACAGUAGCAUUUGGUACAUGCCUAUCCCAUCGCAUAUCGCCUUUUCUAAACUGGUUGUAUUGAUGUGCCUACAAAUUACAAAACAUAGCACUACAUUUCACAUGUUUAGUUCAUUUUGAUAAAACAACUAAACUGCUCAUCAUGCUGUUCAAGAACGACGAGCAAACAGCUGUUUGUUAUAUUUUCUAUUCUUUAAGAAAAAAGAAACGUUUUAUUAAAUAUAUGUGAACUGUAGGAUCUAGGAGCUGACGUAUCUUGGGAGUGCUGUAAAAUGCCUGAAUGUAGUAAGCGGAUGGUAUUCGUGGAGAUAUUGUCAGUGCAAUGAACAUGUGUGGUUUUUUUUUUAGUUCAUGGGAGGAAGCAGUCUUAAGUCAAAGCACUAAACUGAAUUUGUGUUUCUAUAAGCUGGUGCUUCACUGGGCUUCAUAAGUGUUGUGAUGCCUAAAAGCAUGUGUUAAAGAGAAGGAGAUUGGGGGUAACUUGUUUGGGAUACAAGCAAUUGACGGUCUAAAAAAGGAGAGAUGAUCAUGUCUUUUUUUAAACAUGGUUCUGUAUUCUGUGGUUCCUAACUUCAGCUACCUUUUUGUCAUUGUUUGGCUCAACCCCUGCCCAGGUCUGAAUUGGCUCAGAAUGUCUGCUACUGUAGGUACAUAAUAUAUUGAACACAUGCAAAUAAAUACUGGUUUCACUAGGGCUGCGAUGAACACUAUUUUACUGUCAAAUCAAUCUACUAUACCCCCAGAACAUCUGGAAUUAAAAUGUGUGGCUAAUCAGAAAAAUAAUCCAGACGUACCCUUUAAAAGGCUAGUUUGUCUUAUUUUGAAUAUGGCGUUUGCUUUUAGUUGGUUAUUUUGUGGAAGAAGCCCAGAGAUUUGUUUUAUAAGCAGUAACUCUUAAAGAGAAAUACAUAUGAUUAGAAGCCAUUUUUAUUUGAGUACGGUAAUAAUGAAAUAGUAAAUAUUUGUGAAGCAGCCUGUGCUUCAGAUAAACUUGAAAUUUUAUUUGAAAAUUCUGCUGUUUUAUUCCAUAUACAUUUGCUUAAUCUUGCACAUUUGAGAAGUGUAAUUUAAUGUUGAAUGGUACUUAUGUAUAUACAUGUUUAAUUUUGUCUGUAAAUGGGGAAUGAUGUAACAGAGUCCUAGGUAUGAGGUUUUCAUAUUGUAAUUUAAUAGAAGCAUAAAAUUAAUGGCAACAUAUCAUGGUAAAAAGAAGAAAUAAUUCAGGUCAUCCUGUCCUUAAUGUGUAAAUUUUUUAAAUUGUAAUAUUUUUACUUCACAUUGAUCAUGCACAGUGUAAUUUCAAUGAAUUGUUUAUAAUUAAAUACACUAUGCCUAUUUAAUAUUGAGAAUAAAAGAAAAUUGACUUGUA